AUGCCUUCUCUCGAGAACGACGCCCCAAAUACCUCCAGGUUACUCCUCGUAUCAAACCGAUUACCCAUCACGAUAAAACGCUCUGAAGACGGCAAAUAUGACUUUUCCAUGUCUUCCGGUGGCCUCGUCAGUGGUUUGAGCGGUUUGUCCAAAACAACAACAUUCCAAUGGUAUGGUUGGCCGGGUCUGGAGGUGCCAGAAGAGGAGAUCCCCGUGGUUAAGCAGCGUCUGAAGGAUGAAUAUGGUGCUGUUCCAGUGUUUAUUGAUGAUGAACUGGCCGAUCGGCAUUACAAUGGGUUUUCCAAUUCCAUCCUCUGGCCACUAUUCCACUACCACCCUGGUGAGAUCACAUUUGAUGAAUCGGCCUGGGAAGCAUACAAGGAAGCAAACCGCCUCUUCGCCAAAGCAGUCGCUAAGGAAGUCCAAGAUGGUGACCUGAUCUGGGUUCAUGACUACCACCUGAUGCUGCUACCCGAAUUACUCCGUGAGGAGAUUGGGUCCAGCAAGGAAAACAUCAAGAUUGGCUUUUUCCUACACACGCCUUUCCCCAGUAGCGAGAUCUACAGGAUCCUUCCCGUCCGGAACGAAUUACUUCUUGGUGUCCUGCAUUGUGAUCUCAUAGGCUUUCACACCUAUGACUAUGCAAGGCAUUUCUUGAGCAGCUGCUCCCGUUUGCUUGGGCUACCAACUACUCCCAAUGGCAUCGAAUUUCAAGGCAAGAUCGUUGCCUGUGGGGCCUUCCCAAUCGGUAUCGAUCCGGAGAAGUUCAAGGAAGGAUUGAAGAAAGAGAAGGUCCAGAAACGAAUUGCAGCGCUUGAGCAGAAGUUCCAAGGGGUCAAGCUCAUGGUAGGGGUUGACCGUCUUGACUAUAUAAAAGGCGUACCUCAGAAACUGCACGCGCUGGAGGUCUUCCUCAGCGAUCACCCAGAGUGGGUUGGCAAGGUUGUUCUUGUCCAGGUCGCAGUUCCCAGCAGGCAGGAUGUCGAGGAAUACCAGAAUCUGAGAGCAGUGGUGAACGAAUUGGUUGGUAGAAUUAACGGCAAAUUCGGAACGGUUGAAUUCAUGCCCAUCCAUUUCAUGCACAAGUCCGUCAAUUUUGAUGAGCUUCUUGCUCUGUAUGCUGUCUCAGAUGCUUGUAUCGUGUCCUCUACCCGUGAUGGGAUGAAUCUCGUUGCCUACGAAUAUAUUGCGGCACAACAAAAGCGCCAUGGUGUUUUGGUGCUCUCAGAAUUCGCUGGGGCAGCCCAGAGCCUUAACGGCAGCAUAAUCAUCAAUCCUUGGAACACGGAGGAGUUGGCCGCUGCAUACCAAGAGGCUGUGACGAUGAGUGAAGAGCAAAGAACGCUCAACUUCUCCAAAUUGGACAAAUAUGUAUCCAAAUAUACCAGUGCCUUCUGGGGCCAUUCAUUUGUCACCGAACUCACCAGGAUAUCCUCCCAAUCAGAGAGGAAAUUUCACAAAAAGGCUGCCCUUGCGGCCAGUGCACAUGUGGGUGAACAUCUGACUGCGACCAAUGUCCAAGACAAGGAGAUACAGUUGGCGUGA